AUGGUGUUCUUCUCGUUGAAGUCGUUGGCUUUGGUCGCUGGGCUAAUACGCUAUGCUUUAGCCGAAUUGACCACUGCUGAGAACUCAACGCACAUCUCCCUCUCCAACAAACGCUUUGCAGUUGUCCUCGCCAAGUCUAGUGGACAUAUCAUCGAUGCUACUCUCGAUGGUCAAGAUCUUCUUGGACCGCUGAGUGGAAAUAGCGGCAAGGGUCCCUAUGUUGACUGCUCUUGUAUCCCAACCGGGUUCUGGACACCAGGCAGUACCGCAGAUCUGCGCCUUGUCAAAGGCACUGAUUCUACUGGAACAGAGUAUGGCGGAAUUAUCAUGAGCGACACCUACAAGCCGACCAAUCAGACUCUUUCGCAGUACUUCUUCCUUAGAGGUGAAGAAACAGGUCUGCACGCCUUUACUCGUCUUACAUACUUCAACGCAUCGAAACCAUUCUUGCGAGAUCUCGGUGAAUUGCGUACGCUGUUCAGGCCCAACACCAAGCUUUGGACCCAUUUCUCCACCAGCGAGGGGAAUUAUGGUCCUUUGCCAGAUGCCUCUGGUGCUCUGACAGUCCAAGAUGCUACGUGGUAUGUCGGCAACAAAACCGAUGACCCGUACGUUGAGCAAUACUCGGACUACUGGACAAAGUACACUCUUUCAGAGAGCUGGCGCAACCACGAUGUCCAUGGCCAGUUCAGCGAUGGCUCUACCAGCGCUGAUGGAAGUACGUUCGGUGCAUGGCUUGUUCACAACACGCGAGAGACAUACUAUGGCGGCCCGUUGCACUCUGAUCUCGUCGUUGAUGGAAUUGUAUAUAAUUACAUCGUAUCUGGACAUCACGGCGCACCGAUGCCAAACAUCACUCAUGGUUUUGACCGCACAUGGGGUCCUCAGUUUUACUACUUCAACAAAGGCGAUAAAGACGCGACACUUGCCGACCUUCGAGCUGAUGCUGCCAAGUAUGCGGAUGCAGAGUGGAAUGCGAAGUUCUAUGACAGCAUUGCCCAACAUGUUCCCAAUUAUACCCCGUCAGCGAAGCGAACUACCUACAGUGGUAAGGUGAAGCUUCCCAAGGGUGCGAAGAAGCCAAUCAUUGUUCUUUCAGAGAACAAGCAGGACUUCCAGCUCAAUGUGUUCGACACAAAGUCGCUUCAGUAUUGGGCUGAGAUCGACGCGUCUGGUGACUUCAGCAUUCCUCAGGUCGUGGACGGAGUUUACAGAGUCACCAUUUACGCUGACGAGGUCUUUGGAUGGUUCAUCAAAGAUAACAUUCGCAUUUCCAAAUCCCACAACAAGGGUAGCUUCACUUGGAAAGAGGAGAACGCUGGCAAAGAGCUCUGGCGUAUCGGCACACCUGACAAGUCGUCUGGCGAGUAUCUUCACGGAUACGCCCCUGACACUUCAAAACCACUUCAGCCCGAGCAAUACCGCAUUUACUGGGCCAAGUACGAUUUUGUUGAAGAUUUCCCCAAGGGCGUUAGCUUCCACGUCGGAAAGGAUAAAGAAGAGGAAGAUCUAAACUACGUCCACUGGUCCUUCAUCGCUGCAAAAGGAAACCAUCUCCGAUCAGAGAAUUAUUAUGACAACGUCAACAACUGGACCAUCACAUUCGACUUGACAAAACUUCAGCUCAAGAACGUCAAAACAGCUACUUUCACAGUUCAGCUCGCCGGCGUACGCACCGGGAACGGCAACGCGAAGUGGACGCCCGUCAACGAUCGUUUCAACAGCAACCUACCCUGGACCGUCAAUGUUAAUGGCGGGUAUGAAGACACUUGGGUCAUUCCGUACUGGCGGAGCGGCUCGUGUGCUGUUCGUAGCGCGGUGGCGUGUCAGAAUAUUGAGCAUAAGUUUGAGUUUCCGACUUCGAAGCUGAGAGUGGGAAAGAACGAGUUUGUGCUGAGUUUGCCGUUCAAUGCUUCUAGUGUUGAGACGGCGCUUCUACCGGACACGCUUUAUGUGCAAUAUGAUGCGUUGAGGUUGGAGGUUAAGUAG